CAUGAAUUAGCAGUUUUUUCUAAUGAUCUGAAUGUAAAACCCUUUUCUGAAGUCAAUCUGUCACUAAGUUUAUAUCACCAGUGUUUACAAUUUAUACCACAUUUAAGUAAAUAGAAGUGUAUCAAGGAUGGUAUUUCCGUACAAUAACACAAGUGGAAUGAGGGUGUAGUGUGGCGAGGAGGUGUGGUUGGCAGCCCUGCCGCGCCUCACCUCCCGCGUCCUGCCCGCUCUGCGCCGCCACAACAUGGAGGACUCACCGGAAUUUGGAACAGAGAAGCUCCGUCGAGCAUGGACCACAACAGAGGCCAACCCGUACGACAUGGAGGCGUGGAGUCUCAUCAUCCGUGAUGCUCAGAACCGCUCCAUCGAGUCUGCACGCGGCAUCUUUGAGCGUCUUGUCACCACCUUCCCCACGGCUGGCAAGUUCUGGAAGAUGUACAUUGAACAAGAGAUGAGGUCUUAUAAUUUUGAGAAAGUUGAAAAGUUGUUCCAGCGAUGUCUGACCAAAGUACUCAACAUCGACCUAUGGCGCCUCUAUGUUACUUACGUCAAGGAAACCAAGUCCAGCCUGCCAACCUACAGGGAGAAGUUAUCGCAGGCUUAUGAGUUCGCCAUUGACAAGAUCGGCAUGGACUACAACUCGUACACGCUAUGGAAUGACUACGCCAACCUGCUCAAGAACGCUGAGGUGGUGGGCUCUUACGCCGAGAACCAGAAGAUCAUGGCCGUCAGGAAGGUGUUCCAGCGCGGCAUCGUCACCCCGAUGGCCAACAUUGAGCAGCUGUGGCGGGACUACCUUGAGUUUGAGAAGAACAUCAACCCGAUCAUCGCUGAGAAGAUGAACAUCGAGAGGGGGCGGGACUACAUGAACGCCCGCCGGGUGGGCAAGGAGUUGGAGGCCGAGACGCGGGGCUUGAACCGACACUUGCCCAGUGUGCCGCCCUCAGGCUUGCCGGAGGAGAUCAAGCAGGUGGAGAUAUGGAAGAGGUACAUCAGGUGGGAGAAGGACAACCCUCUGCGUACAGAUGACCAGACCCUGGUGACCAAGAGGGUGCGGUUUGCUUAUGAGCAGUGCCUUCUGUGUCUCUCCCACCACCCGGACAUCUGGUACGAGGCAGCACUCUUCCUGCAGGAAUCCUCAAAGCUCCUCUCUGAGAAAGGUGACGUCAAUGCAAGUAAGAUUUUCAGUGAGGAGGCAGCACAGAUCUAUGAGAGGGCAAUCUCUGGUCCCCUGAGGAAGAACCAGCUCCUGUACUUUGCCUACGCUGACUUUGAGGAGUCCCGCCUGCGCUACCCAGAGGUGCACAAGAUAUACCAAAGAUACAUAGAGAUGGAGGACAUUGACCCAACACUUGCUUACCUACAAUAUAUGAAGUUUGCGCGGCGAGCUGAGGGCAUCAAGUCCACGAGAGAAGUGUUCAAGAAGGCGCGAGAGGAUGUGAGGACACAGUUUCACGUGUAUGUUGGCGCUGCUCUCAUGGAGUACUACUGCACCAAGAACAAAGACAUUGCCUUCAGGAUAUUUGAGCUUGGUCUGAAGAAGUUCCCAGACAACGCAGACUACAUCAUGGCAUAUGUGGACUACCUGUCCCAUCUCAAUGAGGACAACAACACUAGGGUUCUCUUUGAGCGAGUGUUGACGUCAGGUCAGCUGAAGAACGAGGACACUGUUGGCUUGUGGAACCGCUUCCUCGAGUUUGAAUGCAAUGUUGGGGACUUGGCAUCUAUUGUGAAGGUGGAGAAGAGGAGAGCACAUGUUCUGCAGAAGUUGCAAGAGUUUGAGGGUAAAGACACAGCACAGCUCGUUGACCGAUACAAGUUCAUGGACCUGUACCCGUGUACUCCAGCUGAGCUCAAAGCCAUUGGUUACCGUGACAUCUCAACACAUGCUAUGAUAAUCAAUCCAAACAUUCCCCGUGGCCUGUCCAUUCAUGACUCACAGGAGCCUUCCUAUGUGCGGCCAGACUUCUCACAGAUGAUUCCUUUCAAGCCCAAGGCAAAGUACAUACCUGGAGAACAUCCAGUGAAAGGUGGUGCAUUCCCGCCUCCCCCAGCUGUGGCAAACCUCCUCUCCCUGUUGCCACCGCCAAACUGCUUCCGGGGACCAUUUGUCAAGCUGGAGGCUCUGGUUGACCUCUUCAUGCGGCUCAACCUUCCCGAACAGGGAGGACAGUGGUCAACCAGUGGUAGUCAUGACGUGCGUCUCUUUGAGCUCUCCAAGUCGGUGCAUUGGGUGGUGGACCCGAGUGGCGACCGCAAGAGGAAGCUGAUUGCUGGUGACGACUCAGAUGACGAGGAUGGAAACAAACCCAUCCUGACCAGCGACAUUUACCGAGCCAGGCAGCAGAGGAAGAUGAGAUGAGCACAUCAUGCCUUGCUGCUGCUGCUGCUCCUGGCUAAUCUUUCAUUGAUGAAGAGAAUACCUAAGUUGCCUUGGAUAUGAUAAGGUGACUUCACUACAUCCAUAUCACUUACCAUACAUCUAGGAAACUAUCUGCAGUGUACUUACCUUGGGAUGACAUGUGGUUGGUGUUCCUCAAUAGGGUUUCUGAGAGGCAGGACAUGAUAGGCAGGUACUUGUUUAGUGACUAGGAUAUUGGUGAAUCAAGGUAUGAUACAGAGAUUCUGAAAAGUAUGGGGAAAGAAAAUGAGAGGGGGAUGAUCUGAGAGAAUAAAAAGAAAUGUCAGGGAUUGAUAAAUGAAACUCAACACUUAAGCAACAGGAGUGUUUAUUUUAUACCACGAGGAAUUGCAAUUUUGUGGCAGGCUAUAGCUCCUGUUCAUCAGUGGACCAGAAGACAGUGGAAGGUUGUAUGCUAGUGAAUCUGAAAUUGCCUCUUGAGUGUCGUGAGUGUAAUGAGUGAGUGGGACUUGCAUCAAUAGUGUGGUGACUGUGAGGUGUGGUAGCAAGGGCUUAUUGGCAUGCUCAUUUGAAAAAUGAAAGAAGUGAAUGGAUAAGUAAAGGCUUGCCUGUUGUUAUGGUUGUAUAGUAAGAAAAUGUACCCUUCCUUCCUCAAGGUUGUUGAUGUGACAAGUGAUUGUAGCUCCAAAUAGACCAUGCACCAGCAAAAUGUGUUCAAGUUAGCUCAUGAUCUAUUCCAGCAUAUAUUAUGGUAAAAAGAUGUUUAUGUUGAUGUGAGUGAAAACAAAAAUAUAAAGCGUGUUAUUCCUUGACUAAACUUAAUUAUGGAAUUCAGAAAUAAUUAUCUAUCCAAACUGAGACAUAGAGAGAUAUGGAAUGAAUAAUAGUUCAUGAAAAGACUAUAUUCUCUUCAUAUUGGGCUCUCAAUCAGACUCAAGGAUUUUGUAAAAAUGGCUUGCAAUUUGCUUUUUCUUUCUCUGCAAUCCAUUAACAGCUAAAAUUCACAUGAAAGAGAAUUAAUUUGUAUUUGAUAAAUACCUAAAUUCAUUCAUGAUAUGAUUGCUACAUGUAAUUUUUAUUCAUAGAUAUGACAAGUGACUGCUUGGCUAAGCAUCUAUAAUUGUAUCAUUUUAUACAAUAUUAGAAAGCAUUUAUUUUUUACUUCUUUUAGUUCACAGUAACCAUGCUGAAGAGUACAAAUGAAAUGUCAAUGUUUAUGUACAUGUAAAUAUGUGAAAGUGUCGUGUGUGUGUUGUACAGCAAAUAUUGCUUAUUGUUGUUGAUAGUUUGAUAUAUUUUGAGUGCUGUGAUGUGUAAAUGAUUAUGAGAACUGUGUGUGUGUGUGUGUGUGUGUGUGUGUGUGUGUGUGUGUGUGUGUGUGUGUGUGUAAGCAGUACAUGAAGGUGACGUGUGCAAUGUUACUAUAUGCAACAAAUAAAUUCUCACAGUUACACUUAUUAAAGAUUUCACAGCUAUCAAGAGGUUAUGUAUAUUAUGUAUGUUUGUAUGUAUGUAGUAUGUAUAUAAGAUACCACUAUGUAAGGAUGAUAGGAGUGCAAUGGAACAGCUGGCAUUCUCUGUAUGUGGAACCAAUAUAUGUAUGUAUGUAUGUUUGCUUCCUCCAUUAUUUCCACAAGUAUAUACAAGGGUGAUGUGCAGACAUCCUGUACCUGACUGCAUGGUGGGUGAUUGCAGAAAUCAAUGCGUCUUUUAAUUAAGUGAAAAAAAUAAUCAUAAAUAAACUUCUGGAAAUGUGUUCC